AUGAAUAGUCUAGGGCGCCUCACUACCAAUAUCAUCAACAAAACCUACAUUUACCCCGCCAGGUUACUCUCUCAGCACAAAAUACCCUCAUCGCGCUCAGUUACGACCAAAAACAUCUCAAAUGAUCAAGAUGACAGCCAAGACGAUGCACCUAUUAAAUACACAGGUUCACCAGCAUAUAAAUGGACGGCAAAAUCCUCGCGCACGGGUGUUACAUUGGCUAGACUCUGGUAUGAACCCUAUGUCAUUCUUGGGAGCCUGUUUGUGUUCCUAGUUUACUUCUGUGUCCUGAGGGAGGAGAAUCACAUUGACAAGGAGUUGGAGAGAACCUUGUACAGUCGGAUCAGUGGUCUGGAGGAGUAUCAAUUGCAUGCCUCUUUGGAACACAAUAAAUCCCUGGGUUUAAGUACAGUAGAGCUUGAAGCUCGAUUGUCUGAAUUAGCCAAGGAUAAAAAAUGA